AUGUUUACGCACGGCGAAGGUUGUUAUCGUAAGAAGACAAAAUCGUCUGCUAGCGCUAAGAAUAAUGGGUCUAGCAAGCUCACUCCGAGAGAAUACAUCGAUGGCGGGCGCGGCGCGAAUGACUUUAAAACUCCGUCUCCAAAGCCCAAGGAAUCUUCUCCUCCGCCGUUGUCCCCUCUUGAAGGAAGGAAGCCCUCACCAACUCGACGACGCGGCGAAUAUCAUAUUGGUGUUAAAGACUGCUUCGGUCUCGGCUACGAAUACCGAGAUGCCCCGGAUGAGCCCAUCUCUUCAAUUGCAGUGUUCCAAGCCAACGCCACUCACCCGUCUUUGCAGCUCAAUUGGCAAGAGGAAAAGCUUGUCAAUGAUAUGCUCAAAGGGAUCGAAACGGCGCCGUAUAUUGCUCAAGCAGCGUCGAACCCUGAUCGAUCUUUCAUUAUCGCGAAAGAAGAUGACGGCUGCGUUCGAUACGUUAUUCGAACUACUCACGGCGAAAACAAAUGUCGCCAAAUUUCUGUCGCGCCGGCAGCUGCCCAGAAGAACGAUUCCGAGACGGAGGAGAUUUUUACACCAACUCCAAAACAACGACAACGGCGAUAUUCGGUCUCUUUUACUUCUCGCUGCGCUGCCCCUCAAAAAACAUCAAAUGCUUGCUUGCGAAAAGAUCUCCCAUUUUGCGCCGGCGAGAAGCUUCGACGAAAUGAUCCACGCGCGUCUGACAUCGACAGCAAGGCGGCUACAGUUCAACCCCUGUAUCACGGCGUUGCUCGAUUUGAGCAGAAGAUCGUGAAAGACCUUGGCAGCUCGGCAGAUCCUGAAGCGUCGAAAGAAGAGGCUAAGGAAUUUGCUGAUGAAGGAAGCUCCUGGUGCUUGAACCGCCGCGAGCUCAAAAGUAUUUGUGCUACAGCGGCGGACAGCGUGCGCGGCCUUCGCCCUUCUCUAGCCCAAACUGGUUUUGGAAAGUUUCUUCAGCGAAGUUCUUUUAUCGUCUCAAGCGAUAGCGACGAUGUGGAAAACAUUCGCCAGAAGAUCAUUUCGUCGCAAAUCGACAACAUUCCAGAGGACAAGUACUGGACGGAACCUGGCAAAUACGCGGGACCAAAAAAAUCCUGGGAAGUCUUGGCUGGCUUCCACGCACGAUUUUCUCAGGAUCUAUUCGACAAUGUGUACAUUGAAACGCUCUAUGUUUGGGUUCGCUUUGGGAAAUCAACAUGGAAGCUACUCGACAUCAACGAUCCUUUGCUUGGCCCGCAAUCGAUCCUCAUGACGGCUAUCAAUGAGUUCAAGAUGAAGCCGUUCUUCCCAUGGCCAACCUUUUUCAAGGAUGACUUCGCCGUUGACAAGGCUCGUCUUCUCUUGGCCCUGGACUUUGUACCACUGCCUACGGAGCCUCCUGCUGAAAUGGUCUGGCCAGAAUACACGACCUCCGUUCUUCUCGACCGCGCCGACGAAAUUUACCAUCCGUCAUCGCCGGCGCAAGUCCAAGCGUUGUCCGAUGUUAUCGAGAUAAAACUGUUCCGAGGAAUCCGUGCUCUCCCGGAUCAUGAAAUGACAGCUUUUCUCGGCAGCUCGGACGACGAGGACGUGAUCCUCCUCGAACGUUUCGCAAUUCUACGAGACCGAUUCGAUCAGUACUUUGGCCGCGACCGCGUCCAAUCAACUGCGGUUAGAGGAUCAUCUACGUUCGUCGAAGUCCUCAAAAGCCUGCGCGCCGUCCUCCCCGAAAUCUUUCGGGAGAACGUCGACUACAUCCCCACAAAUGAGGCAUUGCAAAUAUAUCUGAUCCGCGCUGCUCAAACUCCUGCCAGUGAGGAUGGAGCUUUUCUCGCCUUGUUCGGCCUCUCCUCCCCAAUUCCAGCAAAAUUCUUCAAGCAGCAUUCGUUUGAGGUAUUUCCACAAUCUCAAAAACGCGAAACAUUUUUGCCAUUCGCUGUAAAAUCUCGACAAGAGAUUAUUACAGCCUUCAAGGCAAAAUCACCAGAACUUCUCAAGGUCUUGGGCGAGGAUGCUGAGCCGUUCCUCGAAUCAAAAUUCAAGUACGACCCCGUUCGCCGCUUGCCCGAGCACAAGCCAGCCGACGAUAAAAAAGAAGCUUCGGACGUAAAAGACGACAGCAACAAUAACAAUGGCGACAUUGUGUACAUCAGUAGCGAUGAUGCUCCCGCGAAGCAUCUCAGCGAUGACGAUGACCGCUCCGACAGCGCUUUCUUCCUUGAUUGUCCGUCAACAAGCAGCGAAGAUGAAAUCGUGGCUCCGAAAAUCGGCGGGCGCUUUGCUCUUCUUUCCUCUGAAGAGGAGCUCUGA